AUGAAAUGUAACUUGAGAAUAAGGACAACGCAGGUCUUUUGCCGUGGUUUCCAUCAAUCAUCCGUCAUCCGCUCGAGAUCUUCAAAUCCAGCAAUGCAGUUCCCAUGCCUCGACAAAAUGGAGGAACUAUCAGCGCAGUUGAAGAAAAGACCUUCUAGUUGCAGUUUAGAUGCAACAUCGUCUCCGCACAAUGAGCCAGUUUAUGAACGGGUACGAUCGGGGUUCAAAGUUUUUCAGUCUGACAAACCGCUCUUCCUAGAUUACGGGGGAGUUUUGCCUAAAUUUGAGAUAGCAUAUGAGACAUGGGGCAGUCUCAAUAAAGCCAAGUCAAAUGCUGUGCUGAUACAUACGGGACUGAGUGCCUCCUCACAUGCCAAAUCGUCCGUUGACAAUCCUCAUCCAGGAUGGUGGGAGAAGUUCAUUGGGCCUGGGAAUUCUAUGUUGGAUACCAACAAGUUCUUUGUCAUUUGUACCAAUACCCUAGGUGGCUGCUAUGGAUCUACAGGUCCAUCUUCCCCAGACCCGGCCGACAACUCCCCUUACGCUACCAGAUUUCCAAUGUUAAGUGUUCAGGACAUUAUCAGAGGUCAGGAGCGGUUGGUGACAGAACUUAUGGGAAUCCAGAAGCUGUACGCCUCAAUAGGCUGCUCUAUGGGUGGAAUGCAGUCAUUGGCAUAUGCACAACAAUUUCCGGAAAGCGUAGAAAAAGUUGUGACAGUCUCUGCUUGUGCCAGAUCACACCCCUCGAGCAUUGCUAUGAGACACGCGCAAAGGCAGGUCUUAAUGGCGGACCAGCACUGGUCGCGAGGUUUUUACUAUCCCACAGCUGCAGAGCCCAACAAAAUCCUGCCACAUGUUGGUAUGAAAUUGGCACGAGAAAUAGCUACGGUAACCUACAGAUCGGGGCCAGAGUGGGAGUCAAGAUUUGGAACUGAGCGACUCAAUGAUGAAAGGCCUCCAGUACUGUGUCCUGACUUCUUGAUUGAAACCUAUCUGGACCAUCAAGGCGAGAAGUUUUCUUUAGAGUACGACGCCAAUUCUUUUUUGUAUCUUUCGAAGACUAUGGACUUGUUUGACUUGUCAAAGAGUCAUCAAGACAGGAGCAAGCGGAGAAGAGCUGAGGCUAGACAGCAGUAUGAAACACAGGACAUAAACGACGAACCAACGAGGCUUUGUGACGUGCCAUAUGAACCCAUCAAAAAAAAUAGGACUACUACGGUUGAAGAGGCUCGUGAGGACUUAAGGAAUGGUAUGGAUCCUAUCAAAGGGAAAGAAUUAUUAGUUAUCGGUGUCAAAUCAGACGGUCUUUUUCCUUACUGGCAACAGAGGGAAAUUGUAGAUUUACUAGGAAGUGGUCGAGAAAUCAAGCAUGUUGAACUGGACGAAUCUCAGUCUCUCUUUGGACAUGACACUUUCUUACUAGACGUAGAGCAUAUAGGUGGGAGUAUAGGAAGGUUCCUGAGGGAAAAGUUGUAG